AUGAUUGUGCUGAUUGACCUGCUCGUGACAGUGCUGGACGUGAUGUAUUACAUACUGCGCUCCACCGUGCGGAUCGUGCUGCGCCCGCGGAUGAAGCCCAUCGACGGUGAGCUCGUCCUGAUCACGGGCGCAGGGGGCGUCCUGGGGCGCCUCUUCGCCCUGGAGUUCGCCAAGCACGGCGCCGACCUGGUGCUGUGGGACUGCAACUCGGACGCCAACGAGCAGACGGCCAAGCUGGCGCGGGAGCUGGGGGUCAAGGCGCACGCCUACACUGUCGACCUCACCUGCCGCAAGACCAUCUACCAGACGGCGGAGCAGGUGCGGAGCGAGGUGGGCCGCGACGUGACCGUGCUUGUCAACAACGCCGGGGUGGUGGCGGGACGGCGGUUACUGGAAUGUCCCGAUGACCUGCUGGAGAGGACCCUGAUAGUCAACUGCCAUGCCCUCUUCUGGAUGACGAAGGCCUUCUUGCCUCAGAUGAAGGCCCAAAACCAUGGACACAUAGUGACAAUCGCCAGCACCCUGGGCCUCUUCAGCACUGCCUGUGUGGAGGAUUACUGUGCUAGUAAAUUUGCAGCAGUGGGCUUCCAUGAAUCCUUGACCCAUGAGCUGCUGACAGAGGAAGGUGUGGAUGGGGUGAAGACUACACUGGUCUGCCCUUACCUUGUUGACACUGGCAUGUUUGCUGGUUGUAAGAUCCGAGAUGAACUUCAGCUCUUCCUCCCACCCCUGGAGCCCAAGUACUGUGUCGAGCAGGCCAUGAAUGCCAUCUUGGUGGACCAGCCCCUGGUGUGCAUUCCACGCAUGACCUACCUGCCAUUCCUAUCUCGAGCGUUAUUGCCCUGGGAGGCCAAUGUGGUGGCCUAUCGUUUCAUGGGGGCAGACAAGUGCAUGUACCCCUUCAUCAAGACUAUGGAACAGCGGGUGGCCAAUGGCCAGGCAAAUGCUGCCUAA